CCGCCGCUAGCGUUUGUUCCCAGCCACCGUACUUCUUAUUGUCCACAAUCCAUUGUUCUAUGGAGAAAUCCCCUUUCUCUCUUCCACCUGCACAGUAGCUCUUCAGCUUCUGCCGUCUGCAAGCACACUGCAAGCACACUGCAAGCUGCAGCCUUUAAUCAAGCAAAAAAACAAACGAAACCACACUCAAUGUCACCGGACAUGGCGAGCGCCGGAUCCGCCGCCAUGCUCUUCAUCAUGGUCAACAUCCAAGCCGUCCUGUUACGGCUGAAGUGCGCCAUCGUGCAGUGCGAGACGGUCGGGCCCGUCUCCUUGCCGCACGCCAUCAAUUACGUCCCAACCAGGAUGUACAAGCUCACCAACGCUCCGACGGUGCUGGACACCGUCACCGCCACUUCCGACCUUUCCCGCCUGCCGCCCAGCCUCCACGCCGUCCGCCUGCUCCUGCUCGCUCUCCUCCUGCUUCUUCUCACCAUCGGUGUCCUUGCAACAGCAUACCGUGGCAUACAUCGCCGGUACAGCGGGGUGGCCUGGGCUUUGAGAACUUCGCUCGAACAAUCCCAAGGCCAUCAACGGGACAAUGCGCUACUCAGGACCCGGAUAGACGUUAAUGCAUCGCAACUCGACUUGGAGAAAGCUGCCGCCGAGGAGACAAUGGCCGAGCAAUCUUCUCGCCACGAGGCUGAUAUGAAGGCACUACAGUGGGAGAUAGAGCAGCUCAGGAUCUCCGCCGAGGAUGAGAAGCGGGCGCACCAGAUUGCGUUAGCAGCAGUAACCGAGCAGUCUUCCCUCGACCGGAUCACCACCGAGGACCUCCAAAGGCAGGUCAAGCAGCUUAAAGCCAGCAUCGAGGUUGAGAGGGGCGCGCAUCAAAACGCGCUGACCACGGUAACCGAGCAGUCUUCCCUCGACAAGUCUACCGUCCAGGAUCUCCAGGUGCAGGCUGAGCAGCUCAAAGCAAGUAUUGAGAACGAGAAGCAAGCAUCCUUCAACGAAGGCCUCAACAAGGCCAAGCAGCGGAACGGCAAGAAGCAGCAGGAAAGGAUGCAGGCACAGCGCAAGCAAGGCGCCGUCGCUGCGCUCGUGAAGAUUGGGUACGCAGAGGGUUCGCCGAACAGCAUGAAGAUAGCGGAGAAGGUGGUUCAAGACUAUCGGGAUAGUUUCGCCGCGAGGAAGAGUGGCACGGCGGGUGAAGAAUAUUAGGGAUGACGGCUAAGCAUAGGAUGAGAAUGUGCCGCUGGGGGAUUGCGAGAAUUUUACUGAUGCGAAGCUGUCUUCGGAAAAGCUUGCUCAGGACGGAUCUACUGUAGGGAAGCGGCAAGUGACUGCACAAGGGCAGAGUGGUAGUGGUGAAGGCUGUCAUUUGAUAAGCCUCGCCACGAACCUCUUACGCGCCAUUUUGCCGGAUAUGCAGAAGCUAUGACAUCUUGUACCAUGAUG